CUUAUAUCUUGAUUCCCCAGCAGUACGUAUGUGGUUUAACGCUUGUAAUCGUACACUUCCCCCCUUUAAGUCAUCAACAAUGGCAGCACAUCCUGUUGAGAGCAUCCUUCACUACCGAUUUUCGAAUCAUGACUUGCUCGAUGAAGCUUUGCUCGCUGCAGGAACGACGGUUUCGAGGAGGGAUAUACAGGGCAACCCGCAAGGCAACAAACGUCUCGCUCUCCUCGGGGACUCCAUCAUAAAAGAGGUUAUUCUUGAGCACUGGUACCUAUCUGGUGAAACUACCGAGGAGGGCACAAACGAAGUGAUAAACCUAGCUAAAAAUACUAAGUUAAGCCAAGUAGCUCACGAGAGCGGUCUGGUCGAAUACGUCAUCAAAAAUCCGUGCCAGCAAGGGCAAGUGGGACAGAGGACGGCCGCAUCGACAGUCGAAGCGCUGGUAGGAGCAGUUUAUCUAGACUGCGGUGAGGACAUCUCAACGGUUGAGAACGUUCUUGAGGCUAUCAAUGUAUUGAAAAGUUAAAGGCAAAGGAGUUUUCUGCGAGUGGGUAUUGGGGCUCGCCGGAGGACUUAAGGAUUCAUCAUCCUUGUUUGGCAUUCAUCACUCGUGUCUCUAUUAUAUUAGGCAGCA